CUUCGAAAUUUCAAAAUCUUGUUUAUUGCAGAGCAUCAAUUGAAUCCCUUUUAGAUUUUUUUUCUCCUUUGAAGCUUAUCGGAAGAAAUGGAGGCUACAAAGUCAGGCAAGGGAGCCGGUGGAAGAAAGGGCGGCGAGAGGAAGAAGGCCGUAACCAAAUCCGUCAAGGCCGGGCUCCAGUUUCCAGUCGGCCGUAUCGCUCGUUUCCUGAAAAAGGGUCGUUAUGCUCAGCGUACCGGAACCGGUGCUCCGGUUUACAUGGCCGCCGUCCUUGAAUACCUCGCAGCUGAGGUUCUGGAAUUGGCCGGAAAUGCGGCUCGGGACAACAAGAAGAACAGGAUAAACCCUAGGCACGUGUUGCUGGCGGUGAGGAACGAUGAAGAAUUGGGGAAACUGCUUCAGGGGGUGACGAUUGCAAACGGUGGCGUUUUGCCCAACAUCAACCCGGUCCUCUUGCCCAAGAAGAAUGCUGGAUCUGAGGAGAAGGCGUCUACACCAAAAGCUUCAAAGUCUCCCAAAAAGGGCGCUGCCUAAUUUUGGGGAUAUUUUAGAUAAUCUUUAGAAUAAGCAUAUACCCAGAGGAAAAAAAUGGGCUGCUUUUGGCUGGUCUUGUUUUGGUUAAAUAGUAGAUUUAGUAUGUAGGUUUUGGAAAUGGAUCUUUUGUAUCUAGCUCAACUUCCCUUCGUUGAACUGUAAUAGAAAUUAAUUAUCUUUCUACUCUUCAUCUGCAUUUUUCCAUAUGUUUGUCCAUAUUUUUGAAUCAUUCUACCAUAAUGAUGAUGAACCAAUUAUUAAAAUGGGUCACAGAUUAACGAUUUUUUUUUUUUUUUUUU